AUGCUGCUAGGAGUCCUGUCGCUGCUGCUGCUCGGCAGUCGGCGGCCGGCAGUUAUGUUGCUCGCGGUUCUGUCGCUGCUGCUCGCUCCGGUGAGCCCGCUUGUCGUGUCGGUGAAGAAGUGCUGCCCGCAGGAGUCCUCGCUCUACCUCUCCGGCGGCCAGGCGGAGUGCCUCGAGUCCGCUCACACCUGGCGUUACAUGAACUUCUCCUUCGGGUUUUCUCCUCGCUGCAACAACACUCACCAACUCGCCCUCCAAGGCACCAAUGCCUCGUGCAUCGACAACCUCAACGGAACUGACUCGAUCGUCGCUUUGAAUUGUGAAUCAGACGAGGAGAAGUUCGUCGUUCCGAGCGUCAACUACCUGCGGAAGUGCUGCCCUGUGGACAGGGUGUACGAUUCCUUCCUUCAAACUUGCUGGGGCGAGCAGAAGCCGUCGCUGCCGACCCCUCUCGUCAACGUCUUGUUGCACAAUGCCGAAGGAGUUGUCGACGUUGAAGUAGGAGCCCCGCAGUGUCCAUGGGACGAAGUACUCGUUGAUCACCUGGUUCCGGUGGGUAACGUUUAUCGCCAUCAAUCUGCUUCGAUCACAUUCGUAUCAAGAGGAAAGAAUUAUACGAUGAACCCGGAUGAGGUUUGUGUGGACAGAACAGAGAGGCAAAACCAAUUGGUAGUGCGGACUUGUGAAGACCAGAGGAUCGCUUGUAAGAACCACACCUGUAUUAGGAAAUGUUGCCCGGAAGGGAUGAGCUACUUCGAGGAAGAAUCUACUCAGUGCAUCCCGUCCAACAGAUCUAUUCUGCUCAUGAAAGUCUUCAACGCCUCCGGUCAGAGGCCGAGGCCGGUGGCGCCCAGGAACCCAGCCUACUGGUACGACAUAGAUUGUCCAUUCGGCAAGUAUUUGGAAGAGACGGCGGAAUCUUAUCACUUGGACCUCGACGGCUCCAUCUAUGCUCGCGAUGGCACUAAAACAGAACUUGGAUUUUUUUGUGUCGAAAAUGUUUACAACGGAAACAUCAGCUUCUUUAAGGAUGGAGACUUUGUAUUUUUUUGUUUUCCACCGACGGAAAAGCCUUACCUACCUUUGUGGAACACCGUGGGUAUGAUGGUCUCUGCGUUUUUCCUCCUCCUCACUUUGUUAGUUUACUGCAGCCUCCCCAGUCUUCAAAAUCUGCACGGAAAAACAUUGAUGUGUCACGUGGCGUGCCUCUUCGCUGCGUACUCAGGGCUGGUGACAGUUCAAUUGAUAACGGAUCAGCUUUUGGCUCAACUCUGCGUCAUCAUGGGUAAUUAUGAAAGACUUUAUUUAUUUAUUUUGUUCAGAACCAAUUCAAAAAGAAAGUAUUUGUGA